ACAACUUCAUUAGCUAUAUAAAGGCCUUUGAGUGACUUAUUGCACCCACCAAAUUAAUCUGCUCUUUUUUUCUUUUCUUUAUCAUUCUGUGAAGAUGGCCUCUUGCUUAUCAGUCUCAAUUGUCUUCUUGUUUGCUUUCUUUGUGGGUCCUUUCAUGGUUGCAGCGGCUGGUGAUUUCAACCAGGAUGUAGACCUGACAUGGGGUGGUGAUCGUGCUAAAAUUCUCGAAGGAGGAAAUAUUCUCUCGCUUACUCUCGACAAGGGCUCUGGCUCUGGUUUCCAGUCUAAGAGAGAGUAUGUGUUUGGAAGAAUCGACAUGGAAAUCAAGCUUGUUGCUGGAAAUUCUGCUGGAACUGUUACUUCUUACUACCUAUCAUCUCAAGGGCCAUACCACGAUGAAAUUGAUUUUGAAUUCUUGGGAAACCUUAGUGGAGACCCUUAUACUGUUCAUACUAACGUUUAUACACAAGGGAAAGGAAACAGAGAGCAACAGUUCCACCUGUGGUUCGAUCCAACCAAAAAUUUCCACCUCUACUCUAUUGUAUGGAACCCACAACGCAUCAUUUUCUUGGUAGACAACAUCCCCAUAAGGGUAUAUGAAAAUGACGAAUCCGUUGGAGUUCCCUUCCCCAAGAACCAGCCAAUGAAGCUUUACUCUAGCCUCUGGAAUGCUGAUCAAUGGGCGACAAGAGGAGGGCUUGUGAAGACAGAUUGGUCUAAGGCUCCUUUCACUGCAUACUACAGAAACUUCAAUGCCAAUGCAUGUUUCUUGAGUACUUCAUCAGGUCUGUCUUCUUGUGGUUCGAAGAACAGUGAUAACUUGAUGAGAAGCCAUGAUUGGCGAACUCAAGAGUUGGAUGCCAAUGGUCGAAGAAUGCUUAGAUGGGUUCAAAGGUAUUUCAUGAUUUAUAACUAUUGCGCCGAUGUUAAGCGAUUUCCUCAAGGUCGCCCACGUGAGUGCCGACGUUUUAGGUUUUUUUAGUUUGCUUUAAUUUGGGAUUGCAUUUUGUAAAAUAUAUUUGUCUUAAUUAGCUUUUGGUUUGCUUUAUUUAGUUGUAUUUAUUUAUGCCCUAUAUGUUUGUUGAUGUAAUUAUAAAUUAAAUUACCUAAUCUUUUAUUCUUAA